UGAUUUUUAUGGCAACACUAUGAAAAUAACCAUGACGUUAAUUUACGGUAGCUCCAGUUACAGUAAAAAGAAAAAAAAUGUUGUUAUCCUAAAUGUUAUAACAGAAAACGGGCUUUUUUUUCAUUCCGAGAAGCUCUGGUUACCAAUACUCGGAUAUGAUCAGCUAACAAGCAAAACAACAGUCCUCGUUUUAGCAAGCAGAAGUGCUUUUUUUUAGUUAUUGUUCUCAUACAUCAUUUUGUUGUUUAUUUUCCAUCGUUUGUGACACAACAAAUUUCAUCUGACACAUUGUGAGAGGGACAGCUGCUCCUCUUGGGGAUGCACUGCCCCCUGUCCUGUCUGACCUCGAACCCCUGCAGCACACCACUUGUGGCCCUUACAGAGGAGACAACAACCCUGCCUGCAAACACGCCACACACGUACACCGAAUAACACCGCCGUUAGAACUGGACCCAUACGCCUGCAAGAGGCAAUGCGGCACCUGUAGACAUACAAAACUGACCUUGGGGAAAACAGUGAUUAUAAAGACCACUGCAGGAAGAACGGAGGAAAAGGACAAAAUUACAAUUUUACUUAGAAAAAAACAAGAGGAAGGUUUUUAAAACCAGCUACAACCAUGAGUCUUGAUGAAGACACUCGCUGGCUGGAAUGGGUCACGAGACAGUUUGAGACCAUUGCAGGAGAGGAUAAGGAGAUUGACCUGGAGGAGUUUAAAACUGCCCUCAAAGUCAAGGAGUCCUUCUUUGCGGAGAGGUUCUUUGCGCUGUUUGAUUCAGACGGCAGCAGCUCCAUCAGCCUAGAUGAGCUGCUGAAGGCCCUGGACCUCCUCAUCCAUGGCAGUGAGACAGACAAACUGCGCUUCCUCUUCCAGGUGUAUGACGUGGAUGGCAGUGGCUCUAUUGACCCCGAUGAGUUGCGCACAGUGCUCAAAUCGUGCCUGCGUGAAAGUGCAAUCUCUCUACCUGAGGAGAAGCUGGAUGACUUGACCCUGGCCCUGUUUGAGUCUGCUGACAAGGACCACAGUGGCUCCAUCACCUUUGAGGAGUUGAAAGCAGAGCUGGAGAGUUUCCCGGAGGUGAUGGAGAACCUCACCAUCAGUGCUGCCAACUGGCUGAAGCCACCGGACCUAGAAGAGAAGAAACGGCACCCCCCGCGGUACCUGACUCCAGCCUACUGGCACAACAACAGCCGCAAGCUGCUCUUCCUUUGCGGCUAUGCGUGUCUGAAUGUGCUGCUGUUUGCUGUGGCUGCAUGGCGCCAUGCUUCCGGGGGACCCUGGUUCAUGCUUGCCAAGGGCUGCGGCCAGUGCCUCAACUUCAACUGCACUUUUGUUGUGGUGCUGAUGCUGCGGCGCUGUCUAACCUGGCUUCGGGCUACCUGGGUGGUACGGGUCCUGCCCCUGGACCAGAACAUCCUGCUGCAUCAGAUUGUAGGCUAUGCCAUCUUGGUCUUCACCGUUGUCCACACAUUCGCUCACGUCAUGAACUUCGCGCGCAUGUCCCACAGCCACAAUACCUACAGACUGUGGGAGUACCUGCUGACCACACGGCCAGGGAUUGGCUGGGUUGCCGGCCUAGCCUCCAUCUCUGGGGUGAUACUGCAGCUGCUCGUCUGCCUCAUGGUGUUGUGUUCCUGUACCUUUGUGCGCCGCAGCGGCCACUUUGAGAUCUUCUAUUGGUCACAUCUCUCCUACAUCUGGGUUUGGGUCCUGCUGGUACUGCACUGUGCCAACUUCUGGAAGUGGUUUGUGGUUCCUGGGUUUGCCUUCCUGCUGGAGAAGGUGGUGGGCAGUGCAAUCUCACACAUGAAUGGGCUGUACAUCGUGGAGGUGAACCUGUUACCAUCUAAGGUGACUCAUCUGGUGAUCAAGCGGCCACAGUUCUUCCAUUUCAAACCUGGAGACUACGUUUACAUCAACAUCCCAGCCAUUGCCAAGUAUGAGUGGCAUCCUUUCACCAUCAGCAGUGCACCAGAACAGCAGGACACGUUAUGGCUUCACAUUCGCUCCAUGGGUCAGUGGACAAAUCGACUCUACGAGUACUUCAGACAAGCAGACACCCCGGCUGCUAGCACAAAAAGGCUGACAAUGAACAUGACAAACGGGCAGCAUCGGAGGAAAGUCCAGGAGCUGUUCCACUCCAUGGCCUGCAGUGAUACUGUGGCUUCCAACAGAGACGAUGCCAUAGAAUUAACCUCAUACCGGCCCAGUGUCGUACCUCAGGCACCCCACAGUUCAGCCGUUGAGUGUAUGGGCCAUGCUGAGCUCGGAGAGAGCCCUCACCUCAGAGAGGUCUCAGCUAAGCUCGGUGACAGUCACAAGUUUUGUAACAUUAAGUGCUACGUGGAUGGGCCUUAUGGGACCCCCACCCGCCAGAUCUUCACCUCGGAACACGCAGUUCUCAUAGGAGCCGGAAUCGGGAUCACACCUUUCGCUUCCAUCCUACAGAGCAUAAUGUACCGUUACCGUAUGAGGAAGCAGAACUGCCCCAACUACAGCUACUCCUGGUGCGAGAACAUCAAAGACAAUGAGAUGAAGCUGCGCAAAGUCGACUUCAUAUGGAUCAAUCGGGACCAGAAGUCCUUUGAGUGGUUUGUUAGUCUGCUGACGAAGCUGGAGAUGGACCAAGCUGACAAGGAGCCAGAGGGUCGCUUCCUAGAGAUGCACAUGUACAUGACGUCAGCUCUAAGUAAGAACGACAUGAAGGCUAUAGGACUGCAGAUGGCGCUAGAUCUUCUGGCCAAGAAGGAGAAAAAGGACUCGAUCACUGGUCUACGUACGCGCACCCAGCCAGGAAGGCCAGACUGGGGCAAGGUGUUCCAGAAGGUGGCCGAGGAGAAGAAAGGGAAGGUGCACGUGUUCUUCUGUGGCUCUCCUGCCCUCGGAAAGCUCAUCAAGGCUCACUGUGAGCGAUUCGGCUUCAGCUUCUGCAAAGAGAACUUCUGAAGGGUGGCUCCAGCGGUGCCCUCGGCCCACCUGCCUGCCAGCCUACCUGCCUGCAGUUGCCACGUGACGGUGCUUGAGUCACACAUUCACAUGGUGUGGCUGUUGCAUCAGCCCUAAGACUUUGUGGCAGUUUGCACUAAAUAUUUGACUUUGCUUUCAUCUGGUGUCAGUUCAAACUGAUGUUAUUGUGGAUACUGUGUGUCUCUUAUCAACCAAACCAAACCUCCCUUAUCAUUGACAACAGCCAGAUUUCUUGCUUAGGCUCCAUUAAAUCAUUGCAUGACUUUAUGAUCGCAAUUUUGCAGUUCAUUUUAGAUUUUCUGUGUAGUCUGUCAUCCCGCCCAACAUCCACAGCCACUUUGGU